AUGCUGCUGAUGCGGGAUUUCUCCGGAAAAUCAACCCAUUUCGCUGACGGGGAAACCACACCUUGUCACUACUCGCCCCCGAAGAAACGGGGUCCGAAGCCGGUCCAAGGGCAAGACAUUCGCCCAAGAGAGCCUCUCAGCUCAACAUCUCCGGCCACUGAUACAUUGGGGGGACUCGAAAGCCCAGCCCUCCUGCCAGCGGGGAGGGCUUACUCGUACCCGGCUUCGGAUAGUCUGCUAUCCCGCAACAGUAUAACGGCAGAUGCCCUAUCUGCACCGCCAGAAAGCCAAACGCAAACUGCCGUUAGAAUACAUAUAGACCUCCUGGCGGGGUUGCUAGUUGCUGCUCCGUCCAAUACAGCGGCGUCGAUCACAAAUCACUGUAUUCUCCUGUACACCCAGUAUGUUUUCGGGACAGUUCCGAUGUGCCAUGAAGCUACACUCCGAGCGACCGUCAGCCGUUUCUUCAUCUCUCCCUUAGGCGGGGUCGACCCUUCAGAGAACCCCGUGCGGAUCUCGCGCUGUUUUGCCGCUGAUAAUGAGCAGGAGCGGAUCGGGAUCCUCAGGAGUCUCACCCUUCUCACGGCCCUAUGCGCAGCCGUAACAUACGUCCUGUCCGAGUCCCUUCUACCCAAUAAGCACCUCACUGCCCCUCUAUUCCUCCGAGCGGCGCGAGAAACUCUCAGGAUCUACGAGGACUAUGACCUCCAGCACCCCGACUCCUCGUCCCUUAUUAUCCGGCUAUUCCUCUCAUCGGCCAUACAGAUUGCCAAGGGAAUGCAAGGAGUGGCUUUUCAUAUCCUAAGCGAAGCGGGUCUCAUCGCGAUGAGAAUGGGUCUCUACGAUGAGAGCUCGCUCGAAGGGCGAGAGCCCAUUGAAGAGACCCUCUUGCGAAAUGCUUUCUGGCAGCUAUACGUCUGCGACAAGACGGCCUUCGUUAUGAAGGCCCGCCCAGUGACGAUCAACGAAAGUUUGUUCACCACUGAACUUACCCUUAAAACACAUUCGCAAAGCUCUGUGCUACUCUUUGAAAUCGGAAGGGAAUCAAGCGGCACCGGGUUAGAAGGCUGUCUUGUGGAGGGAUUCCACGUCAUACGUCGACUGUGGGCCAUGGCCGCCCGGGUUAUCCAAGCCAUGGAGUCAAACUCUAAAAGAACUUGGGACGCACAUGCCGACAUGCAAGCUUGUCGAGAAAACAUCGCGCAGCUGUCAGAAGCAUACUUUGACAUGAUCACCUUGACGAACUGGACCCAGUCACCCGGGGAGUCAUCUCCUGGCGUCAGCCCAGACGGAGACCAGUACCUGCCCAAAAUCUUGCAGCGGCAACGGACCAGUUAUCUGAUUUCCCUCCACUGCAUAAAGAUAUUCGUGCUAAACACCGCGACCCAGUGUAAUAUGACCGAGGUUAUGGGCCUAAGCGCGGAGCCCCUGAUGCUUGCCAUGAGGCAGAUAGAACUAGCCCAGGAUUUCUUAAAUGUCCUUGAGAGCGUCCCAUUUCUACAUCUUCAAGCGGAAGGAGAGCAUUGCGCUGAGAAGAUCAGACGAGUUGGCAGCCUCUUGCUCGAACUAGCACACACCGCGGAAAAUGACGUAGUCAAAUUUCGAGCAAAUCAAUGUGCCAUUCGCUUGAUUGACAUGUUGGCCCGCUUGAAUUCAAAAGCAUCGGAUGUACUGGUGCAUUGA